AUGCGCGUCCAAAUAUUGACAGCCUUGCUCGCCGGUGCCACCGCCUGGUCGCAUGUUGCAGCUGCAGCAGAGAAUAGCACAGUUUACGGACCGGGUGCACUGAGCAUAGACGUCGCGACGAGUUUCCUGGAUUGUCUGAACACCACUGGCACAGACUACCGGCUCUUCGUCGAUGACGGCUGGACUGUCGUGCUUCCGGUCGGCAACCGCACGAUCGAACUUGAAGCUACGGACGGGGCGCUCUACAACUGCCUGACAAUGCCGGAGAUCAUGUCCGGGAUGCAAGUUGCCGCUGAAGACACCACCGAGUUGGAUGAAGCACACCAUAGCAGCAUCCUCGCCGAUACGGCCUCCUACGCCUGGCUCGUCGCCCAGGGCGCGCAAGGCAAACAGGUGGUGGGAAGCCGGGCGGCCUCCAGCAGUAGCAGCAGCAGCUCGGAGGACGAUGGGCUCGCGCGACGGGCGGAUGGCCUGCAAAAACGCACGCACUACCACUACUAUGCCUAUCUGUCGGAUUACUCGUCCUGUGCCAACGAGGAUCUUUAUGUCCGGUUCGGUAGCACCUGCUACAACCACGCGUCCGCCUACGCCAGUGUGCAAUUCGACAACGCCUUUUCCAGCAAGAUCUUGACGAUGAAGAUCUGGCCCCAUCACAACUGCUCCAAGGGGAACCUGAGGCAGUUUACCGUCGGGCCCAAUUCAGUGAGCAGCUGCCAUACGAGGACGACCUAUUCUUACCACGGUCACUAUAAGACCUGCAGUUGCUAG